AUGAAUAUCUCGAAUAACAAUCAUCUAAAUACAUUCGAUUUACCCAAUGAAAUAUUAUUUAUUAUUAUCAAUAAACUGAAUAUUGUUGAUGUUUUUUAUUCACUUAUGAAUGUUAAUGAACGAUUUGCUCAAUUAAUAUUUGAUCGUCUUUAUAUUCAAAAUUUUGAUAUUACAGUUAUGACAAUGAAUUCAUUUUAUGAUCGUACUUUUUCAGUACAUGAACAAGUUCUUUCAAGAAUAUAUGAAAAUAUCUUACCAAAAAUUCAUGAUCAAAUUAAAAAACUUGCUAUUGAACAACAUUCAAUAGAACGUAUUCUUACUUUUAAUUAUUCUCAGCUAUAUUCAUUGUCACUUGUUAAUUUUAAAGAAGAAAUACUUUUUCAAUAUCUAAUAGAUUAUUCAAUUCUUCGUGAUCUUCUUACACAACAAAUUACACAUCUAAAUAUUGAUAUUCAAAAUGAUAAAAUAUCAGAAUUGUCUGAAAUUUCAUCAAAUAUAUUUAUAUUAAUUUUAUGUCUAUGUAAACGACUAAUCAAUUUGAAUUUUUGUCAAUUGUUUUCUUAUCGAAAUUCAUCAAUUUCUAUUUAUAAACUACCAAAAACAAAUUGUACAUCUUCAACUUUAACUGAAUUGAAAAUAAAUGUUGCAACUUUUGAUGAUUGUCUUUAUCUUCUUUAUGGAAGGUUGGAUAACUUAUCAAAACUAGUUAUUAAUGUGAAAAAAAUCAGAUAUCAACCAUUAAAGAAAACCAAAUGGAGAAAACUUCCUAAGUUGAAAUGCUUCUCAUUGACUUCAAUUAAUUAUACACAUGAUUAUGAUAAACAUAUUAUUCCAUUUCUUCGUCGAAUGAUAAAUCUUGAAGAAUUAAUAUUAUUUCUAUCAGUAAUAAGGAUUGACUCAACUUUUAUUGGUGGUAUUGAAUUAUAUAAUAAAGUGCUUAUUCAUAUGUCACAUCUAAACAAAUUUAUAUUCAGUAUAAAUACAGGUAUUCUUAUUAAGAAUAAUAAAAUUGAUGUACCAUCAAAUGAAGAUAUUCAACAUAGUUUCAAUGGAAAAGAAUAUGCACAAGUUGGUUCAUAUGUGCAUUUUGAACCAAGAACGCCAUCAAAGAGAUCCGGUUAUAAACUACCAAAGGCUGUAGUGAAAUGCCAUAUAUAUUCACUUCCAUAUCAAUUCGAAAUUUUUCUUCAUCUAAACAAUUCUUUUCAAGGUGGGAUGUUUGUUAAAGUUUGGUGCUUAACAAUGACUGAUACAUAUCCUUUUGAACAUCAAUUAUUCAAAAUUAUUUCUCAUGAUUUUCCUUUUUUGAAAGAAUUGAAUAUAUGCAAUGGUGAACCACAAAAAGAGAAGCAACAUCGUUCGACAUUAAUUAAUUUUCCUCAUCUUAAUCUUCUCAAUCUUGUUGAAGCACAUGUUGAUUAUGCUGAGCAAUUUCUCAUUGAUACGAACACUCAUUUACCUUGUUUACUGGAUCUCUGCAUCCAAUAUGAAUCACUCGCAAUGAUAACAAACAACUUUACUAAUGAUGCAACACGUCUUUAUUGUGCUAAAUUAAAAGAACUUCAUAUAGAUAAGCCGUUUGUUCGAUCAAAACAUUUUGAUGAGUAUUUUCCUUUAUUAUUGUAA